AUGAUUAAAGGAUGGAAACGUGACAUUGAGGGUCGACGAGAUGAAGCAAGAAACUAUUUAAUUUCAGGUGAAGGUACUCUGGAAAUACGAGAUGAUGAAACACAGAUUGAAGCCGUAGCCACUGAAAUUCCAACAAGUCCUAUUAAAACGAGAGCUACAAGAGUUCCACCUGUAACUACAACCAAUGCAAUAUUAUUUCCAACAAAACAAGAUAUUAUCAGACAAUUUACACUAAAUACUCAGCAAAAAUAUGUUUUCAUGAUUAUAACUAGUCACUUAGAUGGCGAAAAUCAUGCUUAUACUGGUAUAUUUUCUUGA